AUGCCUGGGCCAGAGAAUGGCUUCCAAUUGGAAAUGGCUAUGUUACCGGGUGGGACUGUCCAAGAGGCUACCCAACUCAAUAUCGAGUCGCUUUGGUCCGGAGGCCCUUUUGCUGAUCCAUCCUAUAACGGAGGCAACAAGCAACCUUCAGAACGAGCCGCAAUGGCACAACUUAUGCAAAAUAUUCGUCAAACAAUAUUCGAAAGCCCUACCGGAGAUAUCGGUGCUUGCGUGCAACAUGUGCAGACAAAUGCCUCAACGCUCCCGAACCUAGCUUUUGCUUUUACUGCUGGCCUCGAGCCUGGCCUUCCGGCCCCUAAUAUCACUUGUCUUUCUCAGAGUUCGAUGUUGGUUUCUGGUGUGGUGUCAGACUCACCGCCUGGAAUGGCUUAUGCUUUGAUAUUCAACACUUUUGCUGCCUCCUCUAAUGCCGUUUUGCAAUGCAUACAGCAGCCAGUAGCGUCGGGAAGCCCUCCAAAUGCUACUUUACACAUUUUGUCUCCCAGCAAUAACAAGGAAGCAUGGAUCACAUGGGUUGGGGAUACAGAAUACGAUAUCAACGCUGGUGACGCUGCACACAAUUUCUCUUUCCGGGGAGAAAGUCCAGUCACCAAGUUGCUCCCUUCUCACUCAUCAGAACCUUUCUCUGACUACGCCAAGUUGUUGAAACAACAUGUUACGGACAUUGAAGGUGUACUUCAGACGCCUUUUGCUCUUGACCUCGGCCAGGUACCUGACUUUGAUACACCAACCGACGUUUUGAAAUCCCAGUACACUAUUGAUGGGCCUAUAAGCAACGCUUAUCUCGAUUGGUUGACCUUUAACUACGCACGCUACCUACUGGCCAGUAGCUCGCGGGGAGUCCUUCCUGCCAAUCUUCAGGGUAAAUGGGGCAAUGAUGUUGGAAAUGCUUGGGGUUCUGACUCCAAUAUCAACCUCCAAAUGAAUUAUUGGAUCGCCGAAAUGACUGGCUUGAGUGAUUUAACCCUUCCUUUAUUCGAUUACAUCGAGAGAACAUGGGCACCGCGCGGGGUGCAAACAGCGCAAGUGCUAUACAACAUUUCUCGAGGAUGGGUCACACACGACGAAAUGAAUAUUUUUGGACAUACUGGGAUGAAAAGUGGACCAGACUACGUCGAAUGGGCAGCGGACUACCCAGAGGCUGCUGUCUGGAUGAUGAUUCAUGUAUGGGAUCAUUUUGACCAUACCAACAAUGUGACGUGGUGGAGAAAUCAAGGCUGGCCCCUCAUUAAGGGAGUAGCGAGUUUCCAGCUUGACAAGCUCAUCCCCGACGAGCAUUUCAAUGAUUCCACACUUGUUGUAAAUCCAUGCAACUCUCCUGAGCAGCCUCCUAUUACAUUGGGAUGCGCUCAUGCACAACAAAUUAUAUGGCAAUUGUUCAACGCGGUUGAGAAAGGAUUUGCUGCUUCAGGGGAUACCGAUACUCAAUUCCUUGAUGAGGUGAGGGCGACUCGGGAAAAAAUGGACAAGGGUCUAAAAAUUGGCUCCUGGGGACAACUGCAAGAAUGGAAGGUGGAGAAGGACUCCCCGACUGACACACAUCGCCAUCUUUCCCACCUUGUUGGAUUGUACCCUGGGUAUGCUAUCAUAAACUUCGAUCCUUCCGUCCAGGGCAACGGACCUGCGAAGGGCUACCAAAAGGAUGAUAUUAUGACAGCUGCAACGGUCAGCCUUGUGCAUCGCGGCAACGGAACGGGACCUGAUGCCGACGCUGGAUGGGAAAAAGCAUGGCGAGCGGCGGCUUGGGCACAGUUGGCAAAUAGCUCAACGUUUUAUCAUGAACUCUCAUUUGCGCUUUACGAGAACUUUGGGCAAAACCUCUUUAGUUUGUAUGAUCCUGCCGACGCUGAUCCUAUCUUCCAAAUCGAUGCAAACUUUGGCUUCCCUGCAGCGGUCCUUAAUGCACUUCUCCAGGCACCAGACGUUGCGAGUAUCACUACUCCACUGGUGGUUACUAUUCUUCCAGCUCUUCCUAGUCAAUGGGCCAACGGUUCCAUUCGAGGUGCUCGUAUUCGCGGGGGUAUUACAGUGGAUGUUCAAUGGAGCAAGAGCAAACCUACAUCAGUUACUCUCGAAGUCGACUCUGGACCCAACAUCCGCACUAGGCCAGUACAAAUCGUCUACAACAAGCGCGUACUCACGGCUUUCAACACUACGCCUGGCCUGAAGAAAGUGAUCAAUGCAUUCUAG